UUUUAAACUUAAAUGUUGGCCCAAUAAAACGCACAUCUCGCGGGAGCUGAAAGAGAAGUUCGAAAAAAAGUUAAAAUAAAUCCAAAAAAAUAUAAGAUAAAAAUGCAAAUAAAAUCCGAUUGCAUUUAAGUGACCGAAAAAGUGAAGACAAAAUGCGGAAUAGUUUCUAUGAAAUUGCCAUCAUUUGUAAAAAGUCCACGUUCUAAUGCGCCAAUAAGAAACCAAAGAAACAAAUCUAAAAUCGCUCAAAGAUAAACAUCUAAGCAGGCGAAUGAAUGGUGGUCAUUAUUGCCAAGGAACGAGAAAAAAUAAAAAAAAAAUACGAAAAAUAAAUACGAAAGCCAAAUAAAAUCGUAGAGAAAAAGAGGAAAAAAUUAUAUAAAAAUCAAAAAAAUUCAAAUUUGUAUUUAAAUCAAACAAAAGUAGUUAAAUAUUACACAACAAGCUAUUAUAAAUGCCACUAUUUUUUUAAAGUGAAUGAAAACUGCAGUGACCUUGAAAAGAGCUUAGUGUGCCCUGAAUUGCAAAAAAUGAAAAAAUAAAUAAAUAUUUCCAAACCAGGGAAUUCUUCGAUUGAAAUAUUGCAGCCAAUAAAUAAAGCCAAGCAACCGCAAGUCAAGCCAGCAAUAAUAUCAACAAUAGCUACAAAAAAUAUCCCGAAACCGUAACCGUCAACAAUCAUAGACAAGCAGACAUAACCCGCAGAGACCAGUUGAAUAUCCUUGAGGAUUUGCUCCAAUAAACAUUAAACGCAAACAUUGCACAAGAGACUUCCACAUUUCUGUUUUCUCCGCCGACACAAUUCAGACAACAGCAGACAUCAACGUCAAGGUAAAACGCUUCAGUUCCAGCAUUUCAACAUUCCACAGCAUAUUUGUCAACAAUAUUCACAUCGUUUUCAUUUGAACACCACCUUCGUUCACCUCAUCAGUUCUUUUUCAUUGGGCGCCAGGAAUUAUUUUCGUGCUUGUCUGACAUUCACAUCCUUGAGCCAAUAUUGAAUACAAAGCAUCCAGCCGGUAAAGCGCAGCAACGUACACGAAAUCUACAAAAUAUCUCAAACAAGUAACAAUUCCAUAACGCAAUGAAAUCGUCUGAAGCCGGUGGUGGUGAACUAAGACAGCAACAGCACAAAUCUUCAUUAAAUUCAACAGCAGCAGCAGCGACGGCAGCCUCAAACAAAACCGGCCUCAACGAAUCGACAACAUCCUUCACUACCAAUACACCGAACUCAACAGCACUCAACAACGACACACCGAGCAAGAAUCCCUUCAAGCAACAUCUCCAGACCCAGCAACAACAACAGAAUGGCAGCAGCAACAACUCAUCGGAUGGCCUCCAUGCCAGCGAGCGCGGCACAAGCUAUGGCGGAAUUUUGGGCGUCGGAGCCACCACACCGGCCGAUCCAAAAAUGACCUCACCUCCGGGUGGCGGCGGGCGAGCUGGGGGUGGUGCCGGACCACCUUUACCACCACCGGAUCAUCAUCGACAAGAAGAUUACCGAGCUGCCGGGUCCUGGGCCGCCUUUAAGAAUUGGAUGAUCGGAUGGCGUGGCUCGAGCCGUUUGGUAUUGGUCAUUGUGGCCAUAGCCCUGCUAUUGGACAAUAUGUUGUUGACAACAGUUGUUCCUAUUAUACCUGAGUUCCUGUACGACAUACGGCAUCCAGACGCUCCUUUGGACAGCUAUCCACGAACACCACUCAGCAUUCAUGUGCCGCCAACGCCCACACCCUCGCCAUGCAGCAAGGAUGGCGAUGAUGUCUCUGCAAUGGUAGAGGUUUCAACAUUGAGUCCAGAGGAAAAUGAAACACUUUAUCGUGAACUGGAGGAGCGGCAUCAGGAGCUGGUGGGUGAGACGGUGGAGGUGGGUUUGCUGUUUGCCUCCAAGGCCUUUGUGCAGCUGCUGGUAAAUCCCAUUGUGGGGCCCUUGACUCACAGAAUUGGCUACAGCAUACCCAUGUUUGCCGGCUUUGUCAUUAUGUUUGUGUCCACGCUGAUCUUUGCCUUUGGCCGCUCCUAUACGGUGCUGUUCAUUGCUCGCGCUUUACAGGGCAUUGGCUCCUCAUGCAGCAGUGUCUCAGGUAUGGGUAUGUUGGCCGAUCGUUUCACCGAUGACAAAGAACGUGGCAAUGCCAUGGGCAUAGCCUUGGGCGGUUUGGCUUUGGGUGUCCUAAUUGGUCCACCAUUCGGUGGGGUGAUGUAUGAAUUUGUUGGCAAAUCGGCUCCGUUUUUGGUUCUCUCCGUUCUGGCUCUGGGCGAUGGUCUGCUGCAACUGUUUAUGUUACAACCAUCAAUCGAAAAGGCUGAAACGGAACCACCCACGCUGAAGGCAUUGAUUUCAGAUCCCUAUAUUUUGAUUGCAGCUGGCUCCAUAACCUUUGCCAAUAUGGGUAUUGCCAUGUUGGAGCCCUCUUUGCCUUUGUGGAUGUUGGACAACAUGGGAUCAAGUCGCUGGGAACAGGGUGUGGCCUUUUUGCCGGCUUCUGUGAGUUAUUUGAUUGGUACCAAUCUCUUUGGACCCUUGGGCCAUAAAAUUGGACGUUGGUUUGCGGCUUGCUUGGGACUGGUCAUCAUUGGUGGCUGUUUGAUAAUGAUCCCCAUGGCCACCUCCAUCACCCAUUUAAUUAUUCCCAAUGCUGGCCUCGGUUUUGCCAUUGGCAUGGUGGACUCUUCAAUGAUGCCGGAAUUGGGUUAUUUGGUAGAUAUUCGCCAUUCAGCUGUGUAUGGCAGUGUUUAUGCUCUGGGCGAUGUGGCUUUCUGUUUGGGUUUCGCUGUGGGCCCAGCGCUCAGUGGUACCCUGGUAAAGACAAUUGGUUUCGAAUGGAUGUUAUUUGGCAUUGCCAUCAUUUGCUUCCUCUAUGCCCCGUUGCUGACGCUGCUCAAAAAUCCACCCACACGAGAGGAAAAGAAGGUGGGUAGUAUUGCUGACGCCCCGGCGGCCAAUGAGAUUACAACUGUACACGCUACAAGUCCUGCCAUUAUCAAUGACGGUGUCACAAAUCCAGCUUUCACCGAAAGUGAAAGACUUUAAUCAUCUUUUCUUUAUUUAUUUUUAAGUUUAUAUUUUUUAUAAAAUUUUGUAUGAUUUAUUAUAUUUUUGUGAAUUUUUAAAAUAAUAUUGGAAUAUUGUUAAGAGAAAUUCCAAUACAGUAUUUGCAUAAUGUUCCAUAUGUUUCAAAUUUAGAUUUUCUUAUAGAAAAUACUGCGAUUUAGUUUAAUUUUACAAUUUGUCUUCCCUCUAAGAUUUUAAGCCAAUAAACCUAUUACUUUUGCCUGA